ACCCAAACCCAAUCAGUCAACCAAAUAUUUCAGUUCAUUCCCACAAAGCAUAAUAUGUGCACAUACCUAAUAGUUAAUAAUACCUAUUCCACAUUAAAUUAAAAUUGUCCUAGCACUAUAAUAAAGAUUAGCUAAAAUUUCCUCGGCUAAUCUUACUCCCAAACCAGACCCACCCACCCAACGCAACCUGGUACACUAAAAGAGCCUAUGAGGAUCCAUGUCGUCACUGUUAUUACAACUUAUCUUUUAAGUAAUUUAUCCUUAAUAAUUGACCACCAUUAAGUCCCAGUCUAAGCACCCACUUACGCACAAGCCUCAGAACACUAGAAAAGGAACCAGGAAAGAUAACUAGGGGAAAUAAUGGCUGGAGUCAAUGGAAAAAAGACAGAGGAGGCAUUGGAGCACAUUAAAACAGCAGAGAAAAGUCUAAAGACAUCAUUGAUGAAGUGGAAAGCCGACUACGACAUUGCGGCGGACGAGUACAACAAAGCAGCCCUGUGCUACAAGGGCAUUAAAUCAUAUCAAGAAUGCAAGGACUGUUUCAUGAAGGCGGCCGAUUGCUACAAAAAGAACUCGAGUUUGUUCAGUGCUGCAAAAUGUUAUGAACAGGCAACCCUGGUUUGCAAAGAGUUGGGUCAACUGGUGGAGAUUGCGGAUUUGUCUGAACGAGCAUGCAUCAUGUACCAGCAACAUGGGUCUCCUGAUUCUGGGGCCCUGUGUCUUGAAAAGGCUGCCAAAAUGAUUGAACAGCAGCAUCCAGACAAAGCAGUUGAUUUGUAUCGUCGAGGAAUGGAUGUCGUUCUGACAGAAGAUCGACCUAGACAAGCGGCUGAAUUUUGUGGCAAAUUUUCCAGACUACUUGUACGGUUAAGAAGGUUUGACGAAGCCGCAGAUGCAAUUCGCCGUGAAAUCAGUAUAAAUCAGCAGGGAGAAAAUUUACCAGCCAUUGGCCGUCUAACAGUUGCUCUAGUACUUGUUCAAUUAGCUCGUGAAGAUUAUGUUGCGGCAGAAAAAGCCUUUAAGGAAUGGGGUAAUUGUUGUGAAGUUGAAGAGAUUCAGACACUAGAAAUGCUACUAAGGGGCUACGACGAGGAAGAUGCCGAUGUGGCAAGAAAAGCUCUAAACAGCCCAUUUGUCAAGCACAUGGACGUUGAAUAUUCCAAGUUAGCUCGUGACUUGCGGUUACCUUCGGGGCUUGCUCAGCCAGCAUCGAAACCGGAUGUUCGAGAAAACGCAGCUCCUAGCUACAAAUCUGUGGCGAAAAAGGAGGACGAGGAAAGAGGCGGCGGAGGGGGUGGACUAUGCUAACGACAUUGUUUCAGAAAAGUCCAGUCAAACAACGCUAUCAAUUUUUAUUAGAAGAGCAAAUCUAACCUUACUAAAUGAAUAAAGCAUACAACACAUUGGUAGCUUUGAAAUUCACAAAAAUUUGACUAAAAAACUACUAGAAAAAUAUAGUAUUCUUUCUAAUUCUGUUAACUGUCGUAUACUAAAUGCGUAUUGUAUUCCCACAUAAGAUUGUAAAAUUGCAUGUCCUCUUGAUUUAAACACCUGAGUCUGAGUUACAUAAAUUUAUUGUGACCUACUAACUCUCUCAUUAUUAUCUUGACAUAUAGCAAUAUAAACACGUUGGCUUUACGUUGAAUUCCGACGACGACACGUGUAAUAAUAAUAAAAAAUAAUGCAACCUGGCGCAUACUAUUGGGCUUGUUACAUAGUCUAAGCUUCUCCACAUAAUAAGUAGGAAUGUACUACACACAUAGAGUGAGAUAACAUGUGGUCACCAAUAAUUAAGAAAUAGCCACAAGACUUCUUAAUUGAGUAUUAUAUAUUACACGACGAUGAUUAUACCUGAAUUUUAGAAUAAUGGUGUUUGUUUGUUUCACGCAUAUGAAAAUUGUUGCAUAAUAUAGGGUAUUAGGUUAGUAUUAAUACACGCGUGGAUCUGGGUGGGUAUACAUAAUGAUGUUUAUAUUUUGUUGGACUUACUUUUAUUACCUUACAGGGAUAGUUUUAAUUAAAUAUUGUUGUCAUUUAUACUAUGAAAUAUUGUGAUCUUUAUUAGUAUAUAGAUAUGUAUGUACAUAGCUACUACGAAAAGGUGUAACAGUCUGACUGUCACCGGUGAUUGAUUAUGCAAAGGUAGAAGAAAAGAAGACGUUUAUUUAUUCUCCUGAUUUUUAUUUGAUAUAUAUUUCAAAGCAAUGAAUAAAUACUACACGCACUUGGUAAACAA